AUGGGCUGGUGGAAGGCCGACCCGGUUCCCGACUCUACACCUCUUCCUCCUCCUCCUACACCUCAAGUCUUGUCGCAUCCACCACACCCAAUCCCUCCGCAGUCGACCAGCGAUCCGGCCUCAGCAUGUCCGGUCGACCCAAAAACAAGAGCCCUAUGGCUUCAGCAAGCGCAGAAGAAAUCCCAAUCUCAAUCCCAAUCCCAACCGGCCACGCAAACGAACACACCUCUCCCAUCCCUACCACCCUUGCACCCGACAAUCCCGCUACCCUCCCAAGCUCCUCAGCAACCAGCAACAGCAAUCAAGCCAACGACCUCCUAUGGCUCUUUUGAAGAAUGCUCCUCCGACCGAAUAUCACAGUCACCCAACACAGAACCGCAGUUCAAGACUCCACGCCCCCUAUCUCAAGAGCGUGCUGUCUCGUCCAUUCCACGCGCCAUACCUUCCGCCGGGCUCGGCCAAAGUCCUGCAACCCCCAUGAACAACGAAGCAGAGACAGGCGUGUCCAGCUCCGGCAACUGGAUCUACCCGAGUGAAUCGCAGUUCUUCAACGCCGUCAUGCGCAAGCAGACCUCCUCCAACCCGGCGGAUCUGGUCAGUUCCAUCAGCCACAUCAUCCCCAUCCACAACGCCGUCAACGAGCGUGCGUGGUCGCUGAUCAAAAGCUGGGAAGGCGAUUCCUCCGCGGCGUGUGGCGGACCUAAGCUGCUGUCAUUCAAGGGUCUGGGGAGUGGUGCCAAGUCGCCCAAGGCCCGCGUCAAGACGUUCAUGGGCUAUACGGAGCCCUUUGACCGGCAUGACUGGGUGGUGGAACGGUGCGACGGCCAGACGGUCGAAUAUGUCAUCGACUUCUACCAGGGCAAGUCGGAGCCCCAGACCCGAGAUACUGCUCUCAACUUCUAUCUGGAUGUCCGGCCCAAGCUGAACACGUUUGAGGGCUGGAAGAUGCGGGCCGAACGCUCCCUGGGUUGGAGGUGA